GUCCACGCCCCCUAGCACCGACUUUAGCAGAAUUCAACAUUCAACAUAACUGUUCCAAUUUUGAAUUUUGAAACAUCUGCAGAUGUGUUCAUAUGGCGGUUAUCAUGGAAACUUCAAUGUGAAACUCUGCACGUGCUUAUGCCAGAAUGGCUGGACACGUUUCAAUGAUUCUUGCUACCUAAUCGGUUACGGACAGCAUUUAUCUUUUAUCAAAGCUGAGCAUUAUUGCAGGCAGCACAACGGGCAUCUUAUCCACGUGAACACUGCAGAGGGAAACCUUUUUAUCGUUGAUAUCCUACAGAAAACUGGGGCUUCUUACAGCUGGGUUGGAAUAUCUGACAUGGAUACAGAGGGAUUAUGGCAGUGGUACGGCACGUCACAGAAACCAGAGUUCACCUACUGGUCCCCAGGGGAACCAGGGGGAGGUCAGCCUGAAGACUGUGGGGUUUAUACUGCCCAUCAUCCGGACUAUAAAUGGGAUGAUUACUCAUGUGGCCGUCACUUUCAACAAGGUAACUUUUCGAAGCAAAUGAAGGUUAUGUGACAAUCAUUGCAACUAUUCCACACUUUUUUUGUGCUUUGCCUUCUUAUUAACAUGUGAAUUUUAAACAUAAUGUUCUUUAUCCCAAAAUAGAUUCAGCAACAUCAUGCAAAAUGAGUGAAAUAAUGAUA